CUCGAGCCGGCUGCGCCCCGCCGCUUGCGGCGGCCCAUGACGCGCGCGCUCCGUGGCGCCCGGGCCGCGGGCGCGGCGCUCCUGGCGCUGGCGCUGGGCCUGCCGCGGGCGGGCGCGGGCGCAGAGGGCCUGGCCGAGCCGGGGAAAGGGAUGAUCGCAGGAGCCAGCGGCGAGUUCUUUCGCUACAAGCACAUGUUCAAUCGGAGGCCCACCGACGCCGACCGCGACGAGGGGGAAGCCGUGCAGGAUGACCUUGCCGACGCGCUGGAGGGCGACCCGGGCUACGAGCCGACAGGCGACAUGGUCACCGACAGGAUGUUGUCCCACAAGAAGGGCUGCAACAAGCACUUCAAGGACGAGCUGAUCGCCGAGGGCUACCGGGUCCGCCCCUGCAGGGACGCUGCGGAGGGGGAACCCUCCGAACCCUGCCUGCAUAAGGAGGAUCGCCGGCCCAACGAGAUGUCGUCGGAGACGUACGAAAUUUGGAAGGAGGGGCUCUUCUAUGCGUGCGAGCAGACGGUCGGUCUUCUCGGGUCGGGAACUCGCCCGCGCCCUCGGCGCCGGCGCCAACCGCACGGGAGCGGCGCACGGCGCUUGCGAGCUCGCUGCCCGCUGCGGCAACGCGGGCCGCCACUCGGCGCCGCCGCGGCGGCGCAGGAGGCGGCGAAUGGUCGGCACCCGGCGCCCGCGACGGCGGCGAGCUGUGAGCCACGGGCAGCCGCGCGGCGCCCCGCGGGCCGCCGUUUGAGGCUCCCGCUUGCGUCGCCCGCCAGGUGGUGGCGCGCGCGACGAGGCCCGCCUACCGCUGGCGCGCCCGGCGCGCCUGUCACAGCUGGCCGCGGCGGCGAUCCUCCCUACCUCCUCCUCCUCCUCCUCCUCCCUACC